AUGAAACCCCCAGCCCUCCUUCUCGCCCCAAUCCUGCAUACAAUAUGCACCGCGGCGCAAAACCUCUCCUACGGCGCCGACAACUUCUACCGAAGUAACCUGGUAACCCUCCAACCAGUGACCUUCCCAACUCAAUACCAAACCCUCAUCGCCGGCAACCUCUUCAUCCCCAACAACCUCACCACCUCCACCCCGGCGCCCGCCAUCAUCGUCGGCCACCCCAUGGGCGCCGUAAAAGAGCAAUCCGCCAACCUAUACGCCACCAAAAUGGCCGAACGCGGCUACAUCACCUUAUCCAUCGACCUCCCCUUCUGGGGCAGCAGCACCGGCACCCCCCGCAACGCCGUCUCACCCGACCUCUACGCCGAAGCCUUCAGCGCCGCAGUCGACUACCUCGGCAGCAACACCACCACCAUCACCACCAUCCCCUCCAUCCCCCAUCCUAUAACCAUCAACCGCAACCGCAUCGGCGUCAUCGGCAUCUGCGCCAGCGGAGGCUUCGCUCUCAGCGCGGCCAAAAUCGACCCGCGCAUCAAAGCCAUCGUCACCGCCAGCAUGUACGACAUGGGCACCGUCAACCGGCAGGGCCUGCGCCAUUCACAGAACCUCACCCAGCGCCAGGAAGUAAUUGCCUCCGCCGCGCUGCAGCGCUGGCCUGAGUACGAGCACCCUGGCGGAGCGACCAAUCCCAUUGGAUAUACUAGCGGUACGCCGAACACCCUUACGGCUAAUGCUAGUGCCGUGGAUCGCGAGUUCUAUGACUUUUACCGCACAGUGCGUGGCGAGUUUACGCCGCUGGGUUCGACCCCGGAGUUGACGACGCAUCCGACGGUGACGAGUAAUCUGAAGUUCAUGAACUUUUAUCCCCUCGAGGAUUUGGAUGUCAUUGCGCCUAGACCUGUGCUGUUUAUUUCUGGGGAUCGGGCUCAUUCUAGGGAGUUUAGUGAGAAUGCGUAUAGGGGGGCUAGUGAGCCGAAGGAGUUGUUGUGGGUGCCUGGGGCUGGACAUGUUGAUUUGUAUGAUCGCGUGGAGUUGAUUCCGUGGGAGAGGAUUGACGGGUUCUUUGGAAGGAAUUUGUGA